GUGCUACAUACGUAUAGGUACCACCUACUUAAAUAGUAGAUAGAAGUCCAGUAUCCAAUAGGUAGUUUCAGUACUUCAUAAAUCACUUUACCUUAUAAAAUAAAAUACAUAACAAUAAAGCUAUAAAAUAAAUAAUGGAUUACAAAGAUCGAUGCAGAACAUGUAUGGCUGCAAAUAAAGAAAUGCGUCAUGUUAAUGCCAUAAUUUCUAUCGCCGGUGAUGAAGUGAGCUUGGCUGACAUUCUGGAAACUUUCUAUCAAUACAAGAUACCACCAGAUGAAGAUUUGUUCCCUCAGAACCUGUGCAUCAAUUGUGUCCAUCAGCUGACCAUUACCUAUUCUUUCAAAAUACUUAUUGAAUCAUCUUCUAAAACUUUAGCAAAUCUAGCUAACUGUGUGACUACUGAUUCAAAUGACGAUUUCGAGUACGAAUAUGAACUUGAGGAAAAUAAACAAGAACGCCAAAGAACCAAGUGCAUAAAGAAAAAAACAAUCCCAAAAGCAAAACCAGACAAUGAUUUGAAAUUCUUGUUUUGUGUGGAAUGUAAGGCGGAGUUCCAUUCGGUAAAAAGUUUAAAAGACCACUGCUCAUCCACACAUACAGUCCGAUCAACAGUUGGAAGACAUUGUGAAUAUUGUCACGAAAAGUUUGAGGAUUUCCGUUGUUUAGUAGUACACAGGAAAUUGCAUUUACAACCUUACGUCUGUGAGAAUUGUUGGGAAGGCUUUUAUAGUAUUAAUGAAUUGAACGCUCACUUGUGUACUCCUCAUAUUGAAACGAAAGAUAGGAAAUGCCAUAAAAAUUUGCAACAAUGUGAUCAAUGUGGAAAGUCUUACCCCUCUGGCUAUAUAAAGAUUCAUAUGAAGACCCACAGUAAUGACCGUGCAUACAGCUGCAAAUUUUGUCCAAAAAAAUUCAAAGUUCCCGGUGGGCUUAAUUCACACAUACUUUGGAACCACAAAAGAACUAGAAAUCAUAAAUGUGAAAUAUGCAAUGCCACCUUCAUAUCUUCGAGUUCUCGGAGUUCACACAUAAGGAAGAAUCAUUUGAAGGAGAAGAAAUAUCAUUGUGGAAGCUGUGAAAAGAGAUUUUUCUCCAAAUCAGAGUUAGACAGACAUUCGUUAACACACACAGGAGUAAAGAAUUUCCAUUGCCAUUUGUGUGAUAAAUCAUAUCAAACCCGAUACGGCCUAAAUGUCCAUUUGAAAUCUCACUCACACAUGUCAAUCAAUGAUGUUAAUACCUCAGAUUCAUUUAAAUAUAAUAACUUGUAGUUUAAACAAUGUUAAAUGCCUAUUAAAUCCUUAUUAUUAUUUAUUGUAUAAU